AAACCGCAGCACAACAGAGUAACAAAGCACGGGGCCGACGUCGUGCUCUAAUGACCCAAACACUUCGCCAGCCUCGCGCGCGGCUUCUCUUUGAAGUCACUUUGAUCUCCAGGGCGCACUUUUAAUCAGCCUCACAGCUAAACGAUACUAAAUAGCGGUUGGCUCUCGCGCUCGGAGGGCGCGACACGGAGAGCUGCACUCCUCGCGACAUUGUUUACAUUUUAAUACCACUUAUAACACAUUUUCCUGCCACCCUGGUUCAUUAUUUUACAUUAUUUACGAAAUCGUGGUGUUUUUUCGUCUCGCGAAUGUGUGAAUAAUGGCAGAUAGACCGGGCAUAUGGCACCGAAGAACACUGGGGAGAGUGACAAGGACGGGUAGAGGGAGAAAGAAAGGGGAGGGGAACUGACAUUAAAGCAACACAACAAGGAAACUACGCUGCGGAGCCGCAGACGCCUUCAUUUUAUGUUUUUGAAUAAUAGCCGGAGCUCGUGUGGCGAAGUGUAUCUGUGAAAUCGGCCCCGGAGCUCGACCCCAGCACAGCCUCGAGUGCCCGGAGAAGGAGCCGCUUUUUGGGGGGGAUUUAAAGGCUCUCUCCGUCGCUUUCAAGAGAUAUGGACUCAGAGCCACCCAGCUCUCCACAGGUGGUGGAGGACGGAGGAGAGGAGGAUGAGGAGGAGCUCAGUGGAGGAGAGGAGGCAGACCUGCGGUCCAGCUCUGGCCGGAGCUCCCUGCUGACCCGGAGAGGCAUCACCCUGAGAGUGCUGCUCAAGGAUGGCCUGGUGGAGCCGGGAGACGGCGUGCUCGCGAUCCACUACCUGGGUAAGAACUUUGUAGGAGACCUGUUGAAUGAUGGGAAAAUCCGGUGGGUGGAGACGGGCCAGAUCUUCAACUCGCCCAGUGCCUGGGCAACACACUGCAAACGUCUGGUCAACCCAGCCAAGAAGUCUGGCUGUGGCUGGGCGUCCGUACGCUACCGCGGUCAGAAGCUGGUCCAGUACAAAACCACCUGGCUGCACAAGUACCAACCCAGCGCCGACAUGAGCAUGGUGAGUGAGGAGGACGAUGAUGAAGAUGAAGAGGAAGGGAAGACCGCUGUGCAGGCAGAUGAGAACAAGAACAACAAACCUGGAAUAAUUGACGUGAUGGUUUCACGGAGAACUGACCGAGAGAGAAUCCCUGUCAGAUAUUGCACCUUGGGCACCAGGGAUGCUGCCAGAGAUCCGCACACACUCGUGGAGCUGUCGGCCUUCUCAGCCAUCAACAGAUUCCAGCCUUUCAAUGUCGCCGUGUCCAGUAACGUCCUGCUGCUCAUGGAUUUCCACUGCCACCUGACCACCAGUGAGGUGGUGGGAUACCUCGGAGGACGAUGGGAUACAAAUACACAAUUGCUGACAGUCUUAAGGGCUUUCCCCUGUCGGACCAGGCUGGCAGACAGAGACUCUGCUUCUGCGGUUGAGGAAGAGAUCUGUCAGAACCUGUUCAUGCGUGGGCUGUCGUUGGUGGGCUGGUACCACAGUCACCCGCGAGGUCCGGCUCUGCCGUCGCUGCAGGACAUCGACUCCCAGAUGGACCACCAGCUGAGGCUGCAGGGUUCAAACAACGGCUUCCAGCCCUGUCUGGGCAUCAUCUGUGGACCGUAUUACCACGGCAAUCAAGGCGUGGCGUCCACAAUAACCCCGUUCUGGGUCGUACCGCCGCCAGAGCAACGGCCGAAUGACCACGGGAUCCCAGUGGCGGUAGAGGUCACCUACGUACAGGACAACUUUCUCACCAGUGACGUUCUAAAUGAGAUGAUGCUGCUGGUUGACUACUACAGGACAGCUCCCGACCUCGUCCAGUUCAGCCAGUAUUGGUGUCCCGAUACGACCAUGAUGGACAAGAUCAAGGGCUCUCUGAGUUGCCACGCUCCCAAAGAUCAGGCCUACUCUCAGAUCUUAGAGCAUGUCUACAGUCAGCUGAGCUGCACACACUGAGGGGGGGGGGGGGUCAUGUAAAAACCUGCUUGAAAAACAUAUGGAUGCUUUGAAUGAGUCAUUUUGAUACAGCAUUAUUGGGAGUUUAAGAUAAAUAUACAAUUGAUACUCAAAACCAAAACAGCAGCAGAUCAGAGAACACACGACCAACAUUUUCCAGAAGCAUUUCAUGGACCAGAAAUCCACCCGCCUGAUUGGCCUCUUCUCUGUUGGACCUAUGUGCCUCUGUGCCAGCAUCCUGUACUAUGAUGUCUGUACAGAUGUGUGGACAAUGCUGACUUCCAAUGUGUUGUCAUUGUCUUUAUAAACUAAACCAAUGGAGCAGUAGUUGGGGGAAGUGAAAAUGAGAAGUGAAUAAUAUACGACAGUAGCUAAGUAUGCAAGUGUUUGAUCCGAACUGUACUCUGCAAUAAGUUUUGUGAACGUGUUCAAGUGAAAUUGGAUGGUUGCAAUGUGGUGCAAGUAAUAUUGUAUCAUGCAAAUUGUUUUUUAUUAUUAAUGAACCUGUGUGCAUGUGCCGUGUUGUGAAUGUGCCCCUCUACUGUCUCCCUGUCAGGAUAUGUGAGACCGGAUAUGUUCUUCCUCUUUAUCUGUACUGUAUUUAUUUCUCACUGUGGAUUGUGUGAUGUUGGUGUAUGAAGACGGAGCCGUCAGCCUGCUGCUGAUCCACAAAGCAUUAAAAUAUACACACUGGAACUAUUUAAACAA